AUGAACGUCCUGAAGACUUGCGUUGACGUAUCUAUCUAUCCCCAUCUCUACCCUAGUCUGUCUCUUCCCAUUCAUUCAUCUAUCUAUCUAUUCAUCUAUCUAUCUAUCUAUCUAUUCAUCUAUCUAUCUCAGUCUGUUCAUAUCAAUCAAUUUAUCUCAGUCUGUUUCUAUCUAUCUAUCUAUCUAUCUAUCUAUCUAUCUCAGUCUGGUCAUUAUCUAUCUAUUCCUACCGCUCUACUCUUGUCUGGUCCUUUCUUUCUUUCUUUCUUCCUUCCUUCCUUCCUUCCUUCUUUUAUAUCUAUCUAUCUAUCUAUCUAUCUAUCUCAUAUACUCACAGUCACACAUCGAAACGCGUAUAACUUUGGCACUUACAACUCUGUGUCUACGCCAAGCCAGCAAUGUAAUAACGAGCUAACGUACGGCUGUGAGUGGAGCAGCCGCAAAGUCAUUACCCCUGAAGCUGUUUUCUUUUCUUUUUUUUUUAUCUUAGCUACUCGGCUUGAAACCUACCACCCCCGCCCACUGCACUUCUCGUCUUGUCUGCAUCGGCCCAUAAGCGUGUGUCCCUGUAUAUCUCCAGAUGCAUCUCUCUCCGGUUUAGCCCCUCGGCCUCUGUUCGGAGAUUGA